AUACCAGAACGAAAGAGCUGAAUUUCGCUUACUAAAGGCAGUCGAUUCCUUGCGAGCGAACUGAACGAAAGUAAAAGUGUAAAAAGUAAUCAUGUCGAAAAUCGGUAUUAACGGAUUUGGCCGCAUCGGUCGCCUGGUACUGCGUGCUGCCAUCGACAAGGGAGCCCAAGUCGUUGCCGUCAACGAUCCCUUCAUCGAUGUUAGCUACAUGGUCUACCUGUUCAAGUUCGACUCUACCCAUGGACGUUUCAAGGGUACCGUUGCCGCUGAGGGCGGUUUCCUGGUUGUCAACGGCCAGAAGAUCACCGUUUUCAGCGAGCGCGACCCCGCUAACAUCAACUGGGCCAGUGCUGGCGCUGAAUACGUUGUGGAAUCGACUGGUGUGUUCACCACCACCGAGAAGGCCUCCACUCACUUGAAGGGUGGUGCCAAGAAGGUUGUCAUCUCGGCUCCCUCUGCUGAUGCUCCCAUGUUCGUCUGCGGCGUCAACUUGGAUGCCUACAGCCCCGACAUGAAGGUCGUCUCCAACGCCUCUUGCACCACAAACUGCUUGGCUCCAUUGGCUAAGGUUAUCAACGACAACUUCGAGAUUGUUGAGGGUCUGAUGACCACUGUGCAUGCCACCACUGCCACCCAAAAGACCGUCGAUGGUCCAUCUGGCAAAUUGUGGCGUGAUGGUCGUGGUGCUGCCCAGAACAUCAUCCCAGCCUCCACUGGCGCUGCCAAGGCUGUUGGCAAAGUCAUUCCGGCUUUGAACGGCAAAUUGACCGGCAUGGCUUUCCGUGUCCCCACACCCAAUGUGUCUGUUGUUGACUUGACUGUCCGCUUGGGUAAGGGCGCUUCCUACGAUGAGAUUAAGGCCAAGGUUCAGGAGGCUGCCAAUGGUCCACUGAAGGGCAUUCUCGGCUACACCGAUGAGGAAGUCGUCUCCACCGAUUUCCUUAGCGACACUCACUCGUCGGUCUUUGACGCCAAGGCUGGCAUCUCUCUCAACGACAAGUUCGUCAAACUCAUUUCCUGGUAUGACAACGAGUUCGGUUACUCCAACCGUGUCAUCGAUUUGAUCAAGUACAUGCAGAGCAAGGAUUAAGCGGAAUUUAAUCUGAUAUUUAUUCUACAAAUAAAUUUGAAAUACAUACAUAUAGAAAUCCAUGCAUACACAUAUGUUUAUUGUUAUUAAAUAAAGUUUCGCUUUGUGUGUAGUUGUCAAAUUA